AUCCAACUCGCUACUCAUAAGUUUGGGCUCGGCUUAAACUUUAAACCGAAGCCAAAGCGCGAGACAGAAGGAGAGCCGUCAUGGGCGACGUGGUGCUGACUGCAGAUCUGCCCGAGCUCCGCUUGAGCUCAGAAAAGCUCCAGAAGAACCCAGAGGAGCGCGACCUGAAGUCCACAGAGGAGAAGACCAACGGAUCUCCAGAGACCGACGACCGGAGCGCAGGCGACAAAGACAGCAAGGCCACCGAGGAGAGCAAGAUCCAGGAGGACCUCAAGCAGUCCGAGGACCCUCAGAAGCCCCAGGACGAAGAGGAGGCCCCGGGGCCGAACGAUGUCACCUGCGACUCCUGCAUCGACCGGCCGUGCCGCGCCGCGAAGUCGUGCCUCACCUGCCUGGUGUCGUACUGCGAGGCGCACCUGAGGCCGCACCUGGAGAACGUCAAGUUCCAGAGCCACAGGCUGGUGGAGCCGCUGCGGGACAUCGAGAGGCGCACCUGCGAGACGCACCGCUGCGCGCUGGAGCUCUUCUGCUGCGCCGACGCGUGCUGCGUCUGUCAGGAGUGCGCGGCGGACGAGCACCGCGGGCACAGCGCCGUGCCCAUCACCGAGGCGCGCAGGACCAUUGAGAGAGAGCUUCAGGACAAGCGGUCAGACAUGAUGAAGACGGUCACAGCAGCAGAAAACGCCAUUAACAAGUUACAGGUCAACACGGUCAAUAUUGAGGCGUCCGUGAAGGAGGUGCGCGGCGUGAUCGAGGAGCAGUUCAACAUACUGAUGGCGGCUGUGGAGCAGGCCAAGAAAGAAGUGAGCGAGAUCUUGGAGGUGGAGGAGAGACAGGCGCUGAGGCAGGCCGAGGGAAUACGAGUUCAUCUGGAGCAACGCUGCACUGAACUCAAGAAAACUCAGGGCCAGGUCGAGAAAAUCACCAAGAACAAAAAUGACAUCGACUUCCUGCAGGAGUAUUCCCAGUGGAAAAAGCAAGCUGUGGACGUGUCUUUACCUGGUGUUUAUAUCGGUCUCAUGGAUCGUCUGCAGGCGUUCAGUCGCGUCAUCAAGCGCUCCACAAAAGAGACGUGCGACGACCUGCUGACCUCGUACACCAACAAGCUUAAAGACACCUGCAAAAACGAUAAUGUAGGCAUAAAGACGACAGUGCAUGCCAUUAUUGCUGCGAAAAUGAACAUGUCCAUUCCCAAACCGGAGACCAGAGACGACUUUCUCAAGUACGUCACGCCUCUGACCUUCGACUCGGACACGGCCCAUCAGUAUCUGCGUCUGACCGAGGAGCGCAAGAAGGUGACGAACACGACGCCGUGGCAGCAGAGCUACCCCGAGCUGCCCGAGCGCUUCGAGCACUUCAAGCAGGUGCUGACGGUGGAGAGCUUCUACCUGGGCCGCCACUACUUCGAGGUGGACAUGAGGGGAGAGGGCUCUCACGUGGGCCUGACCUACAAGAGCAUCGAGCGCAAGGGCUCGGAGAGCAACGGCUGCAUCACGGGGAACGGCUUCUCCUGGUGCCUGCAGUGGAACGGACGCAGCUUCUCCGCGUGGCACAGCGGCGUCGAGACGCCGCUCUCCGGACCCAAGGCCACCAGGAUCGGCGUCUACGUGGAUUACUCCGGCGGCCUGCUGGCUUUCUACGACGUGGAGAACGGCAUGGCGCUCGUUCACAAGUACCAGGCCGAGUUUCUGGAGCCGCUUUACCCGGCCUUCUGGCUUUCCAAGAAGGAGUGCGUGGUGCUUUUGGAGCCGGGAGCUGGAUCUUCUCUGACGUCUCCGGUUCCCUCUCCUAAAUAAACUGCUCCACAUCAUUUCCAUCUUACAGGGCCUCGUUCACGCCGGGCUUUGUUCAGCUUACACGGACACGGAUGCAGUGGUGUAAACAGGGCUGUAAGAUAUCUGCUGUAACCUCUGACUGAUAUUAGAGUUUUAUGAUUGCUGCAGUGCAUUUUUGUGAGAUGCAUGUUAAAACAUAUACAUAUAUAAAUUAAUUACAAUUAAUUGCAUGCAUCCUAAAUGUUUUGUUUGCAUAAUAUAUGUUAGUGUUCUGUGUAUGUAUGCACAUAUAUAUAUAUA